AUGUCAAAUGAAACAGCCUUUGAGACCCUCCGCCUACCAACCGUCCCCGAGAUCGAAGCUGCAACAGAGCGCCUAAGCAUGUCCGAUGCAUACGACCAAGUUUUCCGCGUGGGGGAGCGCUUCGCAGUAAAAUCAGGCUACGGCGUACCGCUCAUUGAGGCUGAAACCAUGAAGCUUCUCGAAGACAACCAAAUCCCAAGUCCAAAAGUUCAUGCAGCUUUCAAGGACCCGGACACUAAGAAAACCUAUAUCAUCAUGGACCAUGUCCCUGGCGACACCCUCGAAGCACUGCUGCCAUCUGUGAAUCCGAGCGAAAAGGCCACGAUAUGCAAGUUAAUCAAGGACGCAAUCACAAAGCUACGGAGAAUACCAUCGCCAGAUUACUUCGGUAUGGUGAACCGCCAACCCUACCUUGAUGGAGUAUUCUGGACUGUCAAUGAUGAUCCGAAAAUCUCUGGCCCCUUCACAAGCCAAGAGGUCUUUAAUUCUGCCAUCAUCGAAAGAUUCCGCCAAAUAGAAUCAGAACAGUACAUUUUAUUAUUGCGACCUAUGAUUGAACGGACUCUGACCGGUCACCGUCCGGUUUUCACUCACGGUGACCUUCAGCCGAAGAAUAUCAUGGUCGAGAGGCUCGGAGUUCGUGACGGAUGUCCGGAGUUCAAGAUUACUUUACUGGAUUGGGAGGGUGCUGGGUGGUUCCCGGAGUACUGGGAAUUCUGCAAUGCGACGAUCGCCUGCAGGUUUAAACCUGCUUGGCUCGAUCUUGUGCCUGAUAUAUUGGAGCAGUAUUCGUUGGAGUUUCUUAUGAUGCAGGUGGUUUAUGCUGCGGUGUUUUACUAG